AUGGAAGACUUCAUUCAAGCUGAAGACUACGAAUUAUGGGCAAGAAUUACUAAGGGACCACUAAUUCCUACCAUUACUGAUAGUGAAGGAAAUAAAAUACCUAAACCCGCAGAUACAUAUAAUGAAGCAGAUUAUAAGAUGCUAGGAAAAAAUGCAAAAGCUAAGUGCAUUCUUGUGUGUGGACUAGGACCUGAUGAAUUUAACCGUAUCUCAAGUUGUAUCUCUGCUAAACAAAUAUGGGACACCUUACAAAACGCUUAUGAAGGUACAACUCAAGUCCGAAAAUUCAGGAUUGCUAGCAAAGUAUAUACCACUGAAGAACAGGUUGACAAAGUACUUAGGCUUUUGCCUAGGUCUUGGGAAAUAAAAGUCACUGCCAUUAGAGAAGCUAAGAACCUAACUAAUAUGUCUUUAGAUGAAUUAGUUGGGAAUCUCACGACCUAUGAGAUGAAUGUUGACAAAAGAGGUGAAGGGAAUAAAGAAAAAGUUCUUGGUCUUAAAGCAACUGAAAGUGACGAAUCUGACAUAGAUGACGAUGAUCUGGCUCUGAUAAGUAGGAACUUCAAGAAACUCUUUAAAAUGGGAUUAAACUCUACCAAGAAAGCACCACCCUUGAAAGAAAAAAAUCCUGAACGAUCACAAAACGGAGGUUGUUUUAAGUGUGGUUCUUCGGACAUGUAUGAAGAUGUUGAAGACCUUGCCUUGGUGGCGAUAGAAGAAUCAGACGCUGAACCUGAAUCAGACUCUGAAGAAACUGAGGAAGAAGUAAGAGAAAGCAAGCAGCAGUGGUACAUGGACAGUGCUUGCUCAAGACACAUGACAGGGAAUAAGACAUUGUUUCUCUCACUAGAAGAAGGAAAAGGAGGUAUGGUUGCUUUUGGUGGUGGAAAAAAGGGACAAAUCAAAGGAUGUGGAAAGAUUGGAAGAUCUGAUGAACAUUCAAUUGAUAAAGUAUACUAUAUGGAAGGACUUAGACACAAUUUACUCAGCAUAUCUCAAUUGUGUGACAACGGAAACAAGAAUCCCUCAGCAAAACGGUGUGGUAGAGAGAAAGAACAGAACUCUUCAAGAAAUGGCUAG